GCAGCCUCCUGUUUGAGAAAAUUUUAGAAAGUUUUUUCUAAUGUUUUCAAAAAAUAUCCCUCAUUUAAUGAUCUGAUCACCGAUAUUUCAUGACUAACGUGUCAGUUGUUAUUUCUGUGUACAACGGUGAAAAAUGGCUGGUUGAAUGUUUGCAGUCAGUAUUGAACCAAGACUAUGCGGGGACCAUUGAAGUUUCAAUCUACAAUGAUGCAAGCAUGGAUAAAACUGCUGAGAUUCUUCAGGAAUGGAGACUGAAGUUCUUAGAGAGAGGAUUUAAGGUUGUGAUUGGACUUAAUGACACAGGUUCUCCUCUUGGUCCUGGAAAUGCCAAGCACAGGGCAGCUAUUCAGAGUUCAGGAGAUUAUAUCUGUUGGUUAGAUGCUGAUGAUGUGAUGACUGAAGACAGAGUGUCAUCUCAGUAUGAAAUUGCAAGCACAGAUUCUACUCUGCUUGUUGGAUCACAGUUCUGGAGAGAACCUGAAGGCUCCACAGAGCGCUAUGAAAACUGGGCAAAUCGUCUCACAGAAGAACAGCUCCUAACUCAGAUUUACACUUCAAACGGACCAACAUUGAUCUUUCCGACAUGGUUUAUGUCACGGCUGCAGUAUGAUAUGGUUGGGGGUAUUGGUGGUGGAAGGGGUGUCCCUGAUGAUCUCAUCUUCUUCUAUAAACAUUUGAAAUGUAGAGGGAAACUGAAGAGAAUUGACCGACAGUUGUUGAUGUAUCGCUAUCAUCCAGAUGCAAUGACAUUCUCAGUCACAGAAGAAUCAAUCUGGUUGUUACGUCUGAAAGCUUUAGAAGAGGGCGUCCUAUCAAAAUGGCCAUCAUUCAGCAUCUGGAAUGCUGGGAAACAGGGCAGGAAACUGUUCAGGUCACUGUCGCUAGAGAAUCAGAAGAAGGUCACAAUGUUUUGUGAUGUGGAUGAGAAGAAGAUCAAGAAAGGAGUGUAUAUCUAUGAGGAGUCUAAAGAACGUCCUAAACCACGGAUAUCAAUAGUGCAUUUCUCUAAGGUAGCGCGACCAAUCGUCUUGUGCAUGAAAAUGGAUUUGACUGGAGGUGGCUUUGAGAAAAACCUUGAAUCUCUUCAACUGAAAGAAGGCGUUGAUUACUACAGCUUUGCAUAGUAAUGGACUUAAUCAUGUAAUUUCUUAAGGACAAUGCUAUUAUAUGACAUUGUAUUGAAAUACUUUGUGAAAAGAGAUUGUACAGGACUGCUCAUAUCAGUGUGUAUUGCAAUGCAAAACCUUUUUGUACAGUUUUAUAAAUAAAUUUUCUCCAGUAUAAA